AUGGCAGCGAAAUUUCGCACUCUCAUUCUCACCGUCGCCCUCUUUGUGUCAGCCUUGACACUGUUGGACUGGACGUAUGAUAUGUGGAAAAUUCAGGAAAUCUUUUCCAGCUGGCCAGCCCGGUGGCAGCAGAUUGCGAGCGCAAAGCGCGAAGCCAACAUGGCCAAAAUCCCGCGGGAAUGGAUUUUAGAGCCUCAAGUGCUGGAAGACGGAAGGUCUCGUAACAGCAUUGUUGGGGAUUACAUGGACGGGUUGCUGGACGCGAAGUCCCGAUACGUCACUGACAUGGAUGUCCCCGAGCUCGUGGCCAGGAUGGGAGAUGGGACACUCACAGCAGUGGAGGUAGUCAAGGCCUUUUGCAAGAGGGCCGCCUAUGCUCAUCAAUUAAGUAAUCUUCUGUUGGAGAUCAGAUUCAAUGAAGCCAUUGAGCGGGCCCAAGAGCUCGACGACUACUUCAACAAACACAAAAAGCUUAUUGGUCCGCUGCAUGGCAUCCCACUCACACUAAAGGACCAGUUCCACAUUAAAGGACUCGAUACCUCGAUGGGGUUUAUUGGUUGGAUCGGUACUUUCGAGGGAGAAAUGGAUACGGGAAAAGCAAAGAAUGUCGACAGUGAAUUGGUCCGCGAAUUUCACGUCCUCGGCGCAGUUCCUAUUGGAAAGGUAAUAAAGGCCCCUGAAACAAACAACAACAUACUCGGAUAUGCGUUCAACCCCUGCAACCAGAAUCUUUCAACGGGUGGUUCAUCAGGAGGUGAGGGUGCAAUGCAGGCGUUGAGGGGAAGCGCAUUCGGAAUCGGUACUGAUAUUGGUGGCUCCGUAUCAAUGCCGGCUUCGUUUCAAGGUGUUUUCAGUAUCAAGCCCUCGGCGGGACGUAUAUCCUUCAAGGAUGCAGCAAACACCGGUAAAGGACAGGAAGUGAUGCCGACUGUAGUUGGUAUUAUGGGCCGCUCGAUAGACACGCUCCAGCUGAUACUCAAAUCUCUUCUUUUCCUGGAGCCAUGGCUCCAUGAUCCCUACACCCUACCUAUCCCUUGGAGGUCGGAACUGGAGUAUAAGCCGCAGGACGAAUUAGCAUAUAAGCCAGCCUUCGGAUUUUUGGCCAACGACGGUGUGCUCACGCCGCAUCCUCCCAUUUCACGUGCCAUGGAGAUAGUGAAGGAGGCCCUGCAGAGUAAAGGACAUCAGUUGGUUGAUUGGGACUGGCCUCACAACAGAGAGACCAUCGACAUCCAUUGUUCGAUUGCUCGAGGGGAUGGUUGUCAUGACGUUUAUGAUGCAGUUCAUCUUUCAGGUGAGCCCUUUGUGCCUGAGAUUACGAAUCUGUUUCCCAACGGCAAACCGAGAGCUCCUUUACCCCUCCCGGAGUAUGAAGGGAUAGUAAGGAAGAUGAAAGACUACCGGCAUCGAUAUCUUGACUACUGGAUAUCAACUGCUGAACGAACCGGCGACCGUCCUGUUGAGGCACUUCUUUCCCCUGUAACGCCAUACGCAGGCGUCCUUCCCGGGAAAUUCUACCCUUCAACAUAUACCACUUCCGUCAACGUAUUGGAUUAUGCUUCAGUUGUUAUUCCGGUGACGCUAGCAGAUAAAACGAUAGACGUUGUCAGUCCCAAUUUCACGGCCCUCAACGAGGUGGAUCAGUUGAAUAUGGAAUACUAUGACCCGGAAAAAUACCACGGUGCCCCUGCUGCUGUGCAGCUUAUUGGGCGCAGAUUGGAUGAAGAAAGGUUGCUGUCGUUGGCCAAGCUUGUUGUCGAAGCGUUAAACGACUACAGAUCCGGAUAUGGCGGGUAG